AUUUGCAUCUUAACUAGUGUGGCAGGGCAGGGGUUAAUGCAGUACAGCCUAUUGUCUCCUCUUGCCUUUCUGUACCCUACUCACCCUUGUCAUUCUCUGUCUCCUGUACAUCAAUCUAGUGCCCCCCCCUUUUUUAUCUUGCUGUCUCUUAUACUACCCUGUUUUCUCACAACUCACCCUUCAGCUGCUGGGGGUGCUGGGAGCUGUAGUUCAACAAGAUUUGCAUAGUUGUAGGUUGAAUAUCUCUGCUAUAGGUGCUGUGACUGGGAAGCACAAGGGAGGAAGAGAUGCUCACAAGAUACUCAGUCUAGUGACAGUGAGACAAGAUGGAGCCAGUUGUUAAGAUGGCAACAACAGGUCAAUAUGGUAACAGUAACACUUAGGGGGUCAUUUAUCAAAAUCCAAAUUUUUCAGAUUUUUUAAAUAAAAAAAGUCUGACCAAACUAGAGUCCACGAUUUGACCUUAUCAAUAAAAAAACUCAGGAAAAAUCGGAUCGGGAAAAACUGCAACUUUAUUGGAUUGUCGUGGGAAAACCAGAAUUUUUUACGUCAAACCUCAAAAACUCUGAGCAUUUUAAAAUGCUUAAGGGAACAUCUGCCAUUGACUUUUAGAUGAAUUCGCCAGGUUUUACAUAGGGUAUUUUCGGAUUCGGAACAGCUUCUCAACGCAUCUUUUUUACCGUGACUUUUUUGGGUUUCCGGCGUCAAAACGGACACUGCAAAAAAAUUGCGCUUUAUUAAAUAACCCUCUAAAUAUCAGCCAAACCUGCAGCCAUUCAGUUUCUGAUUGACAUAUCCCAGCACCCACCAAAAGCUGAAAGCUGACAGUUGCAUUAAAAAUGCCCAAAUAAAAUGCAGAUAUUAAUGUUUUUUUCUAUCAUAUAAGUUAGAUAGAAACAUAUAGAUCAUUUCACUGUAUGAACCAUGAAUCACAACAUGGACUGUUCCACUAUAAGGGGGUUGCUUACAGACAGCAUGUACCUGGCAGAGACAGGAUAAAAAGUUUUCAGUAACCUUCACCCCCCAACCCCCCCAACUCGUCUCUAUGCACCAGACAGGUCUGUCCUAAUCUCUUUGACUGGCUGAAAGUGAAUUGUUUUACCCCUCUGGGAGGAGUGAGUGUGGGUGAUGGGAGGAGGGGACAAGAAAAGAGCAUCCCAAAGCUAAAGCUGGGCUUAGACUGACCAGAUCCCGAGAGAAACACUUCUACUUCUCAGUGAGCAGGAGACACCAUGAACCACUUUGACAUGUGGAAGGAUUACCUUGGCCUGAAUGCUCUUGUGAGACAGAUGGCACAGGAGAGGGCUGCAAGAGAUCCAGAGGUGCCAAGAACUGGCACAGAGAAAGAGGUGCCAAUGCUUGAGAGACAGCAAGAGACCCCAUGGAGAGGCACAGAGAAAGAAGUGCCAAUGCUUGAGAGACAGCAUGAGAUGCCAUGGAGAGGCACAGAGAAAGAGGUGCCAUGGAGAGGCACAGAGAAAGAGGUGCCAUGGAGAGGCACAGAGAAAGAGGUGCCAUGGCGAGGCACAGAGAAAGAGGUGCCAUGGAGAGGCACAGAGAAAGAGGUGCCAUGGAGAGGCACAGAGAAAGUGAUCCCAUGGAGUGGCACAGAGAAAGAGGCGCCAAUGCACAACAGUCAGCAUGAGAUGCCAUGGAGAGGCACAGAGCAAGAGAUCCCACCGAGAUGCACAGAGAAAGAGGUGCCAUGUAGAGCCAGAGAGCAAGAGAUCCAAUGGAGAGGCACAGAGAAAGAGAUCCCAUGGGGUGGCACAGAGAAAGAGGUGCCAAGGAAAGGUAGAGAGCAAGAAAUCCCAUGGGGUGGCUCAGAGAAAGAUGUGCCAAUAGGAGGCAGAGAGCAAGAGAUGCCAAUGAGUGGUGGAGUCUGCCCAAGGGAUAGUCCAAGGCUGUUUGUAUCAAGAAAACCAAACCUCCAAGCACAGGACCAAGCUACAGUGUCCCCGGUACUGGAAGAGCCCACAGCAGGGUGCAGCUUCUGCAAACAUAAUGGAGAGUCCAAGCGGAUCUACAGCAAGCACAACCUGAAGGACAAACAAGGCCGGGUGGUGUGUCCCAUCCUGCGCAACUAUGUGUGCUCUCUGUGUGGUGCCACCGGGGAAAAUGCCCACACCCGCAGGUUCUGCCCAUUCAGCCAAAAGGACUACUGUUCUGUGUACCAGGACUCUCUACGUAAUGCUGCUGGUAAGAAGAAUAACAGAAAGGACUGAGGGGGGAAUGAUGAGGCCUGUAUAACCUGAGCACUGAAAAAUGUAUAUGAAUAAUAUGGUUCCUGUUACUUCUGGUUAUUUCUGUGUGACUUCUGCUGAGUUACCUUUGCACUAUUCCUGUUAUUAUUAUUUUUUUUGUUGAGUAAAAGUGUUAAUAUUCCAGACUGAGAAUCCAUUAUUCUGUGGCUCGUUCCCCAGAGAUCUAAGGGAAAAUGCAGAGCGAAAACUAAAAUCCCACUGUAAUUAAAAGAAAGGGUUAAUA